CAAAUCCUCCGUGUGGGAUAAAAGCUGGCCUCCGCUACUUCUGAGAGAUAUCGAGAAAAGUCCUCGGUUUCAUGUCGCUCGUCUUGCAUCCUUAUGGAAUCGAAACCACAGCAAGGAGCUAACAGCCCUCCACCAAAACCUUGGGAGCGAGCAGGGACCUCAUCUGGGCCUGCGCCUUUUAAACCCCCAUCACCUGGAAGUACAAGUGAAGUAGUUGAAGGUGCAGGAACUUCCAAACCUGGAGAAAUUGUUUCAACUGCUGAUAGAAAUACAACUGUAAAUAGAAAUACUCUAGGUAGGCCUGUACCUACCAGGCCCUGGGAGCAGAACUAUGGAAGCAACUAUGGAGGUAUGAAUUAUAACUCAGGCUCUGGAUCUGGAAUGUAUGGUUCCUAUGGUGGAUAUGGGGGAACCUAUGGUGGUGGGAUGUAUGGCAACCCUAUUUAUAGAGGAGGAUAUGGUGGGCUAUAUGGUGGUUCUGGAAUGUAUGGAGGUGGAAUGUACAAUGGUGGCUUUGGGGGUCCGGUAGGUGGUUAUGGGAUGGGCAUGGGAGGUCCAUAUGGUGAACAAGAUCCAAAUAAUCCUUUUGGUGCUCCUCCAUCACCGCCAGGAUUUUGGAUUUCAUUUCUUCGUGUGAUGCAAGGUGUGGUAACCUUUUUUGGUCGGAUUUCAAUUCUCGUAGACCAGAAUACGCAGGCCUUUCACAUGUUUAUAUCUGCACUUCUUCAGCUGUUUGAUCGUUCCGGAGUGCUAUAUGGGGAGCUUGCUAGGUUUGUAUUGAGACUGCUGGGAAUCAGAAGAAAGCCUAGGAAAGGUCAUAUUCCUGGUCCCGAUGGACUCCCAGGCCCACACAAUCCCCAAGGUGGUCAGAAUUACAUUGAGGGACCGAAAGCUGCUCCUAGUGGCUCAUGGGACAGUGUUUGGGGCGAUGAUGCUAGCAAAUGAUUGUGAUCUUGCCGUUGGUUGAGAAAGAGUAAUCUACCUGUACAGAGGUGAGAAACAACUCUGCCGUUGCUUUGUAUAGAUUGAACCCAUCCUGGUAGAGUUCGAAUUUGCAAGAAAGAAAGAGAUUGUUCUCACUUCUCGGUCUUCAGUGUGAAGGAAUGUGGACGGUGGAAUACACUACAAGAUGAAAGCUUCUUCAAAUGUAUGCUGCUGAUUUAAUGUUGAAUGUCUAGACAGAUUCUAAUACAAGGGAGAAGAUUGUCUUGUUGAUUAUGUUUUUCUUCAAAUUGCAAGUCAAAGCAGCGUCGCCUUGCAAAAAUUUGUAAUAUGCUUUUUUUAAUUACUGGAUCAUUUAUUUCCAAAAUCCUUUGGUUGAACCAACACGCCGUUCCAUUAGAUUAGAGAGGACUUUUCAUUUUGAAAUUGGACCAAUUUUUAGAACGUUGGAAACUGAUUAUUGAUUAUUUAGGUUCACCGAUGCCUCAAAUCUCAAAUCCGGCUUUGGAUUUGGUAAA